AUGGGGAAUUGGAUUGAAUUAGAAACCAGAUUACAAAAAAAUGCAACAAUCGAUAAAAGUGUGGAAGAAAAAAUUAACAAAAAUAGAGAACAUUGGAGGCAAGUAUUAUUGAGAAUAAUUUCUGUUGUGAAGACUCUUGCUAAAAAUAGUUUGGCAUUCCGUGGGGACAAUAAGAAGCUUUAUGAAGAAAAUAAUGGAAACUUUUUAAGCAUAAUUGAAAUGAUUGCUGAAUUUGAUCCAAUAAUGAAAGAGCACAUUCGUCGAAUUCAAGAUAGAAAAAUUCAUUACCAUUAUCUUAGUCACAAAAUUCAAAAUGAAUUUAUUCUUCGGAUAUCGAAUAAAAUCAAAUGUGUAAUCAUUAAAAGGGUUAAAGAAGCAAAAUACUUUUCAAUUAUUCUUGAUUGUACUCUGGAUGCAAGUCAUGAAGAACAAAUGUCACUUAUAUUAAGAUGUGUUAAUGUUUCAGCAAGUCCGAUAAAUGUAGAAGAGUUCUUUUUAGGAUUUCUAAAGGUGGAUGAUACAUUAGGGCAAGGGCUUUUUGAUGAAUUUGUAAAUGCUUUGAAAGGUCUUAAACUUGAUAUUAGUGAUGUAAGAGGACAAAGGUAUGAUAACGGUUCUAAUAUGAAAGGGAAACACAAAGGUGUACAAAAAAGAUUACUAGAUAUAAAUCCUAAAGCAUGCUACACUCCGUGUGGUUGUCAUAGUCUUAAUCUUGCACUUUGUGAUAUGGCAAACUCUUGUUCUAAAGCAUCAUCUUUUUUCGGAGUUGUGCAACGUAUGUAUUCAUUGUUUUCAUCUUCCACAAAACGAUGGAAAGUUCUCACAAAUAAUGUUAAAGGUUUUACACUUAAGCCACCAUCACAAACACGUUGGGAAGGUCAACUAGAAAGUGUUAAAGCAAUAAGAUUUCAAGCUCCAGAUAUAAGAAAUGCUUUAAUUCACUUAGCAUAUACUAGUGAAGAUCCUAAAACAAAGAGUGAUGCUGAGUGCUUAGCUACAUAUGAAAUUGAGAAUUUUGAGUUCUUACUUGGCAUGGCUAUUUGGUUUGAUAUAUUGAAUGCCAUUAACAAAGUAAGCAAAAUCAUGCAAACAGAAGACAUGCAAAUUGAUGUUGCUACAGAUCUCUUAAAAGGACUCAUUUCAUUUUUUUGA